AUGGCGGCAGUGUGGAAGAAACCGGUGAACGGGAGCCCCAUGUCCGCCGCCACAGCACCCUCGUCGCGGCAAGCUUUGUUGGCCAGCGACCAGGGGUGGACCCCGAGAGGCUACGUCCCCAUGGUGCUCGUCGGCGACGAGGAGGGCAGCGAGGAGAGGAUCAUGGUGCACGCCGAGAUGCUCAAGGAGCCGUGCAUGGCGGCCGUUCUGGAGAUGGCCGCGCAGCAGUUCGGCUAUGGCCAGCCAGGCGUGCUGAGGAUCCCAUCCGUCGUCGACCGGUUCCAACAGAUGGUCGGCGCCGCGUGCGAAGCUAGAUAG